AUGAAAAAGAAUGCAGAGGGUGUUUUCGAUUGGAAGCUGGUCGAUGGCAAGUUGGAAUAUGUGUACAUUAUGAAAAUUUUGACUCUGCGAAAGAUGGAUGAUACGUACGACAUCUUGCUCGCACACUACCAGAUCAAGAUUUCUGACGCCCUUGUUGGCUCAGGAAGCUCAGGAGACGGCAAUACCUCGCUGGCCCUGUCAAUUUCAGAGAUGGCAGCAUUGCAGAACUUUGUGGAUUUAUCUGCGAUGAAUAUCUGGAAAAAGAAAGCCCACGAGUUGCUAGAAGCAGAUGCCGCUCAAGACAUUGAAGACGAUGAUGCGGAGCUCCUUGAUGCCGGCAAGCCGAAGUCGUGA